AUGUCCCGAAGCUCCUGCGGGGUUAAAUUCUGGGGCAAUGGGAGGCUCUUUAGGAAACAGAAAGUGAGGUUUUCUCACCCCCGACCUUCAACUGCUGGUUUCCGUCGACUGACAGUGUCCAUUGCAAGAGUGGCCAACGCGCCCCGGGUAGAUUCCCUUCGUCCCCUCUCCUUGUUUCUUCACUUGCACUUGACAGUGUCCUUCGCUCAAAGCGACGUCCUUGCCGGCGCUAGAGAAGCCCCCUCAGCGCUAGCUCCACUGACGAACCUCUGGGGACAAAGUCGGGGGGGCGGCGGGAGACGCGAGGCCGCGCGUCGGGAGCUGCGGCCGGUCUCGCCCAGCUCCCAGCACUAA